AUGUCCGGCAGCGCCUUCAGCCUCCGACGCCUAUUUGGGCUCGUCAUAAGUGCGACCUGCGUCACCCUCGCAACUUGUCGGGAGCACUGGGUCGAUAUCUGGGCUGCUAUGCCACAGCAAGUUGAGCCAUAUAACUUGCCCAACCCGCCCUAUAACAGCACCGACGGCGUGUUCCAGAACACAACCAUCCGCCAGACGGUCUACUUGACCCAGGAUGCGUCCAUUCUCCGGGUGCAGCUCAGCAACGCUUUUGGAAACUCGGACCUGCCCAUCACGGCUGCAACAAUAGCUCUGCCGGCGAACGACGCAGCGGGCUCAAGUGCUAUCCGUACUAAUACCCUAAAGCACCUAACAUUCUCUGGCGAACGCUCGUUCACUGUACCAAACGGUGCCCUCGUUGUGUCAGACCCAAUCCGUCUCACCGUGAAGGCUCAGACCAGCCUCACCAUCACCGUCUACCUGGCAUCUGGCCAGGCUGGCCAUGGCAUUACUGGCCACCCGGGCAGCCGAACAUCAAGUUGGCUCGCUCAGGGUAAUCUCGUUUCAGCUGCGGACCUCAACACGACUGCAACGGCCGACAACCUGCAGCGUAUCGACAAGUGGUUCCUGAUCUCGGCCGUUCAAGCGUGGCUGCCGGAUUCUCAUGCUUCUGUUGCCAUCAUCGGCGACUCCAUCACCGACGGUCGUGGUUCGACCACCAACGGGAAUGAUCGUUGGCCCGAUCAACUGCUCGCUCGCCUUCGCAAGUCCGCAUCGCCCAUUGCUAAGCGUCUCUCAGUUCUAAACCUCGCCGCUGGCGGCAACCGUAUUCUGGCUGAUGGGCUUGGCCCCAAUGCUUUGGGCCGUCUUGAUCGUGAUGUCCUUGCUCAUCCGAACGUGCGUUAUGCCAUCAUCUUUGAGGGCGUAAACGACAUCGGUACCACUCCAGCUGAAACUGCCGCUCAAACUGCUGUCGCAAACCGCUUGAUUGCUGCGCUUGACCAAAUGGUUACUCGUCUUCAUGCCGCUGGUAUUGCUGUCUUCGGUGCCACCAUCACCCCUAUGAGCGGUCCAGGCCAGGUCUAUGGUGAGCCUGCUCGAGAGGUUGCUCGUCAGAAAGUCAAUAAAUGGAUAAGGUCGAGUCGUCGGUUCGAUGCUGUUAUCGACUUCGAUGCAGCGGUUCGGGACAGUAAGAAUGCCACCAUGCUGAAACCAGAGUACGAUACAGGUGACUAUCUUCAUCUGAAUCCUGCUGGAUACAAGGCCAUGGCCGAAGCAGUGGACCUGAGGCUGUUCGAAAGAUUCGCUGGAGGUGUCAACGCCAUGCUGUGA